ACAACGAUCAAUGUGAACUAGACUGCAUGCGUAAAAACCAUCAUCAUAUUGGACGGUCAUAUGUCAAUUCAUAACUGCCGACCUAUAGAGGAUCGUGUCAAAGUCUCUCCCCACGGCUUAGGCAUGAUCGGGACCUCGCAUCGGUUGCGUCCGCACCCGGUCGGAGAUAUGUAAGGCCAGGGCGUGGCAUAUACAACGAUGUAGGAGAACGUUAUAACAACCUCCCUGAAAAACGCGGUUCCACAACCCAAUCGUAUUCCCAUGAUUAGUAACCAACAACCCAACCUGCAUACCCACCUUACCUACCCUACAUAUCAACAUUACUUUAGUGGCAUGUAGGCAGUCAUGGCUCACCUUGAAGCUAUCGCACCCGAGGUCUCGCUCUACCCCUAUACCAAUGGCAAGCGGACGGGCUCGCGGGUCAAGUUCCCGAAUACCGCCGACUUCGCGUCCAUGAACAAGCCGUCGCGGUUCGAGGGAGAUAUAACGGAUCUCGAGGUCACGGGCGUGAUUCCCAAGGAUAUUAACGGGACGUUCUAUCGCGUGCAGCCUGAUCAUCGGUUCCCGCCUAUUUUCGAAGAUGACAUUCAUUUUAAUGGAGAUGGCAGCGUAACCGCAAUCCGCAUCCAAGACGGUCACGCCGACUUCAAGCAGCGGUACGUGCGCACAGACAAGUUCAAGAAGGAAGACGAAGCAAAACAGGCGCUGUUCGGGCGGUACCGGAACCCGUUCACGGACAACGAGAGCGUGCGCGGCGUCAUCCGCACCGUGUCCAACACCAACAUCACCUUCUGGCGGGGCAUGCUUCUCGCCAGCAAAGAGGACGGGCCCCCCUACGCCAUGGACCCCGUGUCGCUGGAGACGAUCGGGCGCUACGACUUCGAGGGCCAGGUGACCACGCCGACGUUCACGGCGCACCCGAAGUUCGACCCGGACACCGGCGAGAUGCUGUGUUUUGCGUACGAGGCCGGGUCCGACGGCUCCGACUGCGGCGUCGACAUCGUCACCUGGACUUUUGACGCAGAGGGCAAGAAGACGGAGGAGCUCUGGUUCAAGGCACCGUACCCCGGAAUGAUCCACGACUGUGGCGUUUCGAAGAACUACAUCGUGCUGCCCCUCACCCCGCUCAAGUCGUCGCUCGAGCGCCUCAAGGCUGGCGGGAAUAAGUUCGCCUGGGACCCGAAUGAGGAUCAGGUCUACGGUGUGGUGCCGAGGCGCGGCGGGAAGCCCGAGGAUGUCAAGUGGUUCCGGGCUGAUAACGGCUUCCACGGCCACAUAGCUGGGUGCUACGAGAACGACGCCGGACACAUCAUCUUCGACCUGACCGUCGCCGACGGCAACGUAUUCUUCUGGUUCCCGCCGGACGGCGAACGGCCCGACUUCGCCGCGCGCAGCCGCCUCAGCAGCCCCACCUGCCGGUGGGUGUUCAACCCGUCCGACCAGACGGGGACGCGGUACAAGCCGCUGCUGGAGUGGUCGACGAGCGGGGAGUUCUCGCGCAUCGACGACCGCUACGUGACGAAGAAGUACGAGCACUUCUGGCAGCUGCGCGUCGACCCCACGCGCCCCUACGACUUCGCCAAGUGCGGGCCCCCCGCCGGCGGCCUGUUCAACUGCAUGGCGCACUACACCUGGAACCCGGCGGACGAGAACAAGACGGGGAAGGAGGACGUCUGGUUCGCGGGCCCGACGGCGACGUUCCAGGAGCCGGUUUUCAUCCCCAAGGACGGCGGGAAGGAGGGCGAGGGGUACCUGGCGGCGCUGAAGAACAACCUCGACGAGCUGCGCAAUGAUGUGGUUAUCUGGGACGCGCUGGACUUGGCUAAAGGUCCCCUUGCGACCCUGCACUUGCCGCUGAAACUGAGACUGGGCUUUCACGGUAACUUUGUGGAUCAUAGGGAUAUCGCGGCCUGGCAGGAACGCAGAGCUGGUGAGCUGGGGCCGGUUCAGCCUGCUAAAGAGCCGUUGCCUUGGCAGAAGGCUUUUGAGGCGAGCAAGAAAUAGCAUAUUAGUCCACAAGUCGAAUAGGGGUUGAGGUUUGAAUGAGUAGACACACUAUAUGAUUCGGUCAAUAUACUUGAGGCUGUUUUCAUAUACAAUAUCUGAUAGCAUAAUGCUAAAGAUCGAACAAAUAGA